AUGCCUGCACUUAAUGCAACAUGGAAAACACAGAAUAAGAUUGUUGGUUUGACAAAAGUUCAUGCAGAUUUAGAGGCUGAGGAAACGGUGGAGGUGUUGGAUGGCAGCUUUUGCUCUUGCCCUCAUUUAACUAAUCGUGAUGGAAGUCGUUGUCAUGGAGACAGUAUUUGCAUUUGCAUUUCGUCUGCAGAUGUUUGUACACAGCAAAUGCAAAUACCAUCACCGAAACCAUAUUUCACGGCAUGCGAAAGCAAAAGGGGUGAAGAGCCUCUCAAUAAACUCAGGGUUGGUCCCUUUUACAUUGGGUGUGUGGGCUCCUUCUUCAUCCCUGAAACGAAGUUCGUAGUGGUGACAGAGUAUGAAAGCAAUGACGUAAAGCGAGAAAAAAUCAAACUGAAUCCAUGUGCCAAGAGAUUCCGUGAAGAUCACAGUUCGGAUUGGCCUAGAUCGCCUUUAGCCAGAAGACAUUGUAGUGAUGGACACAUUUUGCCUUGUCUGUGGUGGAAUUUAAACAUGACCGUUUAUUCAAAACUUGACGGAGUUUGGUUACUUGACAUUAGUCUAAUUUAUUUAGUCCUUAUUGCGUGGUCACUCUUUUGCGCACACGCCUGCACAACUUCCACCAUGUCCAUCUGGUGCCAAAGUAAUCACUUCCUCUCUAUAACGGAGCUCAGUCACUAG